GGGCUCUUGGGCGGCGGCGGUGGCAACGACGCCAAGGGAGAGAAGACUGAGCAACCUGAAGAGACUGCUGUUGCUGCCGCUGCUGGCGAGGGUGCCACUUCUGGUCUGCCCACUGCCUCAGACGAUGGUGUCGUCACUUUGAUGUACAGACAGAUUAACCAAGACGGCGCUGGUCCCCUCACAGCCGACAUCGACGGCACCUCUGGCGGCUCAGACGCAGCUGCCUUCAAGACGGCCGAGGUUGCCCAGGAUGUCCCCGGAAUCGGCUUCGGCGGUCUGUCCCUUGCCACCAACACCGACUUCCCCGUGCAGGUCCAGAUGCCCCAGGGAAUGACCUGCGACGGUAGUGUCGGCGGCGCCGACAAUGUCUGCAUCGUCCGCGUCCGCAACAGUGCUGGUGCCGGACCCUUCGGUGGCUCUGGUGCCUUCACCCAGUCCACCGCUGCCCGCAAGCGAGCCAUUGCCUACCGCCUGAAGAAGCUAAUG